GAAGAAUCCGCAUUGGGAAAGCUAAUAUGGCAGGAAGCUAACUUGAUAAACAGAAAACAAACAGGACCCGAAGAGUUUGAUGUUAAACAAUGUACCAGUCAGGAUGGGACAAACGCUGUGCAUAUGCUCCCGUGGCUCCAUCACCAUUGAUAACAAGAGAUAUUACUUUGUUCAGAAACUAGACGAAGGUGGGUUUAGCUAUGUUGAUCUGGUAGAGGGGGUAAAAGAUGGGCGCUUCUAUGCCCUAAAAAGGAUCCUGUGCCAUGACAGAGAAGGGCGCCAGGAGGCACAGACAGAAGUGGAAAUGCAUCAGAUGUUCAGUCACCCCAACAUCUUGAGCCUGGUUGCACACACCUUUAUCGAUCGUGGAGGCAAGACUGAAGCCUGGUUACUUCUGCCUUAUAUUAGAAAAGGUAGUCUCUGGUCUGUUCUGGAGAAGCUGAGAGACAAGGGGAGCUGGAUGCCCGAGAAACAGAUUUUGCAGAUCUUGCGUGGUAUCUGCUCUGGGCUUAAGGCCAUUCAUGAAAAGGGCUAUGCACACAGGGACCUGAAACCCACAAAUGUGCUUCUAGACGAGGAUGACAGGCCGGUACUGAUGGACCUGGGCUCAAUGAACCGUGCCAGGAUUGAGGUUAGAGGAAGCAGAGAAGCCAUGACCAUACAGGACUGGGCAGCCCAGCGUUGCACCAUUUCCUACCGUGCUCCUGAGCUCUUCAAUGUGGAAAGCCACUGCAUAAUAGAUGAGCGCACAGAUAUCUGGUCACUUGGCUGUGUGCUCUACUGCAUGAUGAUGUUGGAGGGGCCGUAUGAUCUGGUGUUUCAGAAAGGGGACAGUGUUGCUCUGGCUGUCCAGAAUCCAGUGACCAUCCCCCAGUCCUGCAGUUACUCGGAGGGCCUGCAGAUGCUGCUGAGCUCCAUAAUGGUGUCUAAUCCUCAGGAGAGACCAAACAUCCACUGGGUUCUUGACCAGGUACAAGACCUGCAGAGUCGCAGCCCAAACACCCAAACCAACAUGGUGUGAUGUUGCACGGUGCACUGGAUGUGGGGUCUUGGAAAUCUUUGCACACAUAUUCACACCUCUUCUGUUUGAAUUUAUCCUUGUAUUUAUUGAUCUUACUGUUUAAUCCAAGGUACAGUCUUUGACUCAGUCUGGUGAACCUGGUUAAAAGGUUUGAUUUGAAUGGUCCAUCCCAACCGGCCCGCCUCUAAGGACUUCUGUGGUCCUUGUGAACUUGGCAAACAAUAUAAAAACAGAGUAGCCUUACAUUUGAUCUGAUCCUGAUGUAUGAUGCCUAUUACAAGUGCUUUUUGGGAUGGUCCAAAAUGUUUGAAUUGAUAUCUGCCCAUUUUAUCUUAAAGUUAUACAAAAAGAUAGAUACUUGUCUGUCUGUUCAAUGUGCUGCAGCAGCCUGUUAGCUUUGCUUUGCAGGGUUCAUGGCUAGCCCGGCUUGUUUCAAUGGUAACAAAAUUCAUGAGCUUUAGGCCUGAAGUUUGGCAGAUAUUUUACUCCAGCUUGUUGUUUUUCCCUCUUUCCAGUUUCUUUAUGCUAAACUUACCUUAGGGAGCAAGUGUACUUUUUCAUACACAUAAAACUCUUUAAAAUUGUAGAUUGCACCUUUAAUAGGUAAGAUCAUAACUUUAAGGCGCUGACAAACUUUCCAGAGGGUGAAAGUAACCUGAGCUCAAUACAUAUCAAAUUACAUUCCCUCUUUCAACAAAGUUAUUCCUUGUAUUCCAUCUUGAUUCCUGAGUUUUGUGUGUAUUUACUCUUCUGUGCUGUAAUCAUAAAUGUACAGCUGCCCCUGCAGCUUUUCUCACUUUCACUCUGUUUGUCUAUAGAGUUCCUUAUUGCAAUGCUGCAUUUGAACACACAGAGGUGCUCCACCAUCACAGUCUCCUGCUCCACACAUUGACGUGAUCAUUGAUUAUGAUGCUGCACGGUUACUCUUGUGUGAUCGAGCUCUUUGUAAAACACAGCAAACAUCUGCUCAGACAAAAAGGCAUUGUUAAUAAGAAGAGGUAGAGUGUAACUGUUGCAGACCUUAACAAAUGGACAUGAACUUUAUGUCAGUUGAAGGAAAAACUUGAUUUUAAAUAUUAAAUUAUUGUAUGUUUAUUUUAAAGUCAUUGUCAUACCUGACAUUGCAGAUGAAUCUUAAUUUCACUUGUAUCUGUUUUAGUUUUUAAAAAGGUAUCCUCCAUUUCUUCUCUACAUGUGUUUCCUCUUACAUGUAAAUGUAGUCUCACGCUUUUGUUCUCUCAGGGUUCUCCCACAUCUCAAAAGGUCUUGCAUAGUCCACCUAAACAGUACCAUUUAAAGCUUUUAACAGGAAACCAACAAUAUUUUGGGCAUUUACAUGAAGAUGAUUGCUUUUGUGAUUCUGUAUUGCGGUGAUAUUGGACCUAAUGGAGCUAAAAAAAUUAACUCAAAGUUAACUUGUACUGUUAUUGGUUUGAGCUGUGAUUCACUUUAUAUUUAAAUAUAAUGUGUUAUAAUGCUUUAGGUUUGCCUUUGUCAAAUGCACAUGAGUUUUGAUGUAGUUGGUAAUAAUGAAACAAUAGUGGCAUCACAGCACUGGUAAAGUAAGGGUUUUAUUCAGUGUGCUGUAAGUGAGCUAUUUGAUUAUGGGAAAAUCUAUUGAAAUGUUUCAUCUUUUCUUCACUGCACAGUAAAGGAUUCACCAGUCUAUAAAAUGUAGCACUCUGUGUACAGUUUUUAUUCUAAUCAUGAAAUAAAGAGGCAUCAAACUCA